UAUUGCUGAUUAUGUGUGCUCACUGAGUAUGUAUGGGAAUGGUGAAGAAUGCUCCAUCUCCAUAAUGUUAGCGACAAAUCUUUGGUUCUUUCAGCCACCUAAACCACUUUUAUAUUCAUAUUGCAAUGUUAUAAUGUCUCACGUCCUGAAUUCUGAAUGUACAGUAUAAUGUAUUCUUACAAUGUCAGCUCAAAUAUUCAGAGAAAAUAAAAUUUCUUCCAAACAGAUGCUACAGAGCCCAAUUCUGGUGGCAAGACUGGCUUGUAUGCAUCAGGAUACAGAUUCUACACAGAGUUGUGGUUCAUCAUACUCAUGGCCUUUGUGGGCUUGCUGCUCGUGGCCAUUCUGUUGGGUCUGGUCCUGCGCCGAGCUCUCAGGAAGCCAUCUUUCAUAAGAGAGAGGGCACCACUCCAACCGCUCCAGGGAAGAAGCCCGAAAUACCCACCCAGUGACUCGUACCUGCUCUGCUCUAACCAUGCCUCCACUGCUCUCCUUCAGGCUGAUGGAGGAAUGUUUGACAAUGUCCCGGACUCAUCCAGCAGUGUAACCUUAAAGGGCUUUACCAUACACACAGAGGGUCUGACCGAUACGAAGCUCGGCGUCACCAAUCGUGGCUACCAGAGCACCAUGCCCAUGCUGCGCGUUCCCAGUCAGAGCCAGCUUAGCCACGCCUACUCCCAGAAUUCCCUGCACCGCAGCGUCAGUCAGCUGAUUGACACACAGGAUAAAAAGUCCCUGGCAGGCCUGAGAUGGGACACUGAGCGCCAGGGCACCGACAGUGGCAUGUAUGUUGGAGACGAGGAGUUUGCAGACUCUCUCAAGGGCUUCAGCUCGUUGAAGAAAGAGCAUGCAGUGUUCACGGAUACACACCUGUAGAGCUUUUUCUCAUUCUAUACACACGAACACAAAUAUCCUCAAUCUCCACACUCUGCCUCAUUAGAAUUGACCAUGUCAGCAUCUUUCAAUAGCUUUCGAAAGAAAUACUGUUUAUUGUUCAUUUGAAUGUAUCAUCAAGAAAAAGUUGAAAAGGGCAGAACCUAAACCACUAUACACAUAAGACUCUGCAGACUUUUAUUAAUCAUAUAUGCUCCGUUAAAUAUUUCCCCGUUAAGAAUUCGAGACAUAUCAGAGAUACACCUGCAGUGUGUACAGCAUAGGGGUGUGCGAUAUUGGGGGAAAAAAGGAUAUCUCGAUAUUUUCUGGGUUUGUCUGAUAAACGGUAAUCAGACGAUCUUAUGCAUAAGUCAAAAAAUGUGUAUGUCAAUUUAUUAUAUUGUACUUGUUCCUUUUUACAUUGUCAACCGGAUACUGAUUAAUUGAAACAAUAUAUAGGCAGUUCCCGAGUUAUGAUCUUUCGACUUACGAUUUUUCAAUCCUACGUUGACGAUAUCGACACAAAAUCUUUUUUUACAAAUAUUUAAACAUUGGGUAUUGUUUAUAGUACAUUUUUACUCCCAUUCAUAGAUAUACACAUCUCCUGCCUUGUGUGAUGCCUUACUAUAGAGUUGAGUUGUCUUGGUGUUAAAGUGCAUAUUUUUUUUCUUUGCUUUAGGUGUUUCGAAGCCCAAUUUUAGCUCCUUUUUUUUAUCGGCAUCACCAUUAAAAUGAAUCACAGCACAACCGGCUCUGCCCUCCCACUAGCGACCCGGCACUCGUCCACUCACCCGUUGCCACAAACAUAUAUAUAUAGUACUGUAAAUUGCUCUGUUAUGCUUAAUUAUGCUCUGUAAUUUGUUAAAUUAUUGACAAAUUACAGUAUACUGCCCCAUACCGAUCACCAUUUUUUAAGACUCCUGGUCUUCUUUAAACUGAACUGUGCAAUACAAACAAUACACAAAAUGCAGACCUUCUUGACUCGUACAAUUUAGGCAGUGCUGUUUCACUGAAGUAUUUUCGCCCAGCAAGUGUGUAUCUUGGGUCUAACGUAUUUAAAAGCUGUUCAAACCCAACUCUUUUAUCCUGCUUGAACUUGUACAUCUCAGGCAACAUAAUUGGAGACAGCAUCCGUUAUAUCUUUAGCUUUUCUUUUACUUGCUAAAUUUUUUAAUUAUUUUAUUCAAUCCUAAUAUUCAAUUCGUUGGGAAGUUCGAAGAUCGGUCUUCUUUUUUUGACUAACAUCCUAAACCAAAACAAAACCACCUCCAUGCUCGUUGUGAUGAUGAUCCAAACCUAGGAAUGAAUUCUUGCAUGGAUCGUAAGGGGUCACGGUUGUUCUUCUGGUAAACGCAGCAAUCUGUCACCUGCUUAGCUGCUGAAAAUGAGUGACAUACUCGAUAAUAUGAAUUUGCAUAUCGCUAAAACUAUUACGAUAUUAUCGCACACCCCUAAUACAGCUGCUACCUGUGUAAACUGUCUCUAACAUCUGUAUUUUCAUUUAGUAUAAGAAGCUAAACCUCAGGACGAAACGCAACCUGGGACAUUUAGUACGAACAUAUCGAACGAUUCGAUCUUUCCACGUUUCUACAAAAUACAAAAUAGACUGCGGUCUCUUCCAGAUCUGAGAAUAAUCAAAAUUUAUAUGUAGGCUAAUUGAUCAUCAAGCCUGGAAGACAGCUCCAGUCUUCAAGUCAUCAUUUUUAUUCAAACGUUUCAUUUAGACCAGGGGUCACCAACAAGGUGCCCGCGGGCACCAGGUAGCCCGCAAGGACCACAUGAGUAGCCCGUGGGCCUUGUCUAAAAAUAGCU